UAGUUAUACCUUUGAAACAGAACAGGCCUUUAUGUGCCUGUCUGUUUUGUUUUUUAUCCUUUUCCAUAAGCUAGAGCAUAAAAUGUCUUACUAAAAACUAAAAAGGGUAUACUUUUAAUGGUUAUAUUAUCCCAUUUCAUUCUGAGUUGAUUUUCCUAAUCCACAAUGAAAGAGUACAGUGAGGUGAUUUUUGUGGAUCAGCUCAAGCACUUUCGCGUUGUGGCCAGUCAGAUUGAUAAGACUCGCACUAACUGGGAGAAAAGUAGCGCCUGGUUUGCAGAUGCCCAAAGGGAGUAUUACUCCCGAUACGCGUCCAUUUACGCCGAAUGUAGGAAAACAUACGGAGAUAAAAUGUAUGGAUACUACGCCAGGAGAAACCGUCUUCGAUCAGAGUACUGUGUCAAGUCCAAGACGGCCAAGACACGCCAAGAAAUCCGUUACGAAAAUGAAUCCAUGGCCCACUUGAAAGGAUAUAAGUACUCCGAGACGACCAAUGGCGAAUAUGGCAGGGUGCGCCCAUCAGCAUUAUUUUUCUGUUAAAUCUAAAUUAGUUUCGAGUUACGGAUUAGAUGUUUAAUUCAAAAAUGUUUAUAACCCAUUUCAAAAACAUGUCACCUUUUUCACCUUUGUAAAAAAGC